GACCACCUACCUGGCACUGCCCCUCGUCAGGGUAACAGCGAAGAGAUAGAUAAGGGUACCAUGGCAACGCUUAAGGACGGAGGGAGGAACGAUCGGCUCAGCUGGAGCAAGAGAGCAGAACACAGAUUACGGGAGGAGCUGAAGGAGAUCGCUCUGAAGAGGUGCGACGACAGCGUGGCCAAGUUUGCCGCGUGCGCCAGGGAGAAGGGGAUGCUGGUCGUGUUCUCCUGCAGGGAACAAAACGCCUUGAUGAAUUCGUGCCUCAACCAGCACACCAACGAGGAGAGCUUCGACCGCUACAAGUUCGAACGAGAAAUCGAGCUGCACCGGGAGACUCAAGCUGCCAAGUCACCAUCUGGAUAGCUUAUCUGUAGGAUGACUUAAAUUUUACUGCAGGCUCUGAUUCGAUCCUUAUCGUGGCGUAAGCGUGUGGAGUUUCCAGUGCCGUUUGUUUUGCAUCCUGAACUGGCAGAAAAAGCUGUCGCGUGUAUGUGGAGACACCGUGAUUCUCGGUACACACGAGCCCACGUCAACGCUUGACAAGAGCUGGUACACCCAGAUGGGGGACAAUGCGGACUAUCUCGCACGCCGCCUGCCGUCGGAAGUUGGUCAAGAUAACGCCUGCACUCUGCAACCAUCCUCGAAGUGUUGGCAGAGGCUUGGGUUCUUACUUUUCGUCAUGUGGGCUACAAAUGGCUGCUUGUAUAGGUCACAGAUGGUUCUCAAAGGUCUUGUGUUCGAUAAAAUGUUGAGAGUGAAAGCAUAUGUUCCUAGCUGCCUAGUUUUGGCCGAGGCUGGGGUUCUUGUUUUUCCUCAUGUAGGCUACGAAUGGCUGGUAUUAGCGUAGGUCACAGAUGGUCCUCAAAGUUCUUGUGUUCGAUAAAAUGUUGAGAGUGAAAGAAUGAUGCUCUUAGCUGCCAAGUGUUGGCCGAGGCUGGUGUUCUACAAACGGCCGCUAUUAAGUGUAGUCCACACAUGGUCCUCAAAGCUCUUAUGUGAUGAAACAUGUUGAGAGUGAAAGAGUGAAGUUCUACAGUAGCUGCCAAGUUCUCAAGCGCGGACGCGCUAUCUGUAUCGCGGUGCUCAGCCGGUUUUGAAACACCGCGUGUCGUCUCACUGGUGUUCGUCGUUCAACGUGUGUUUCUGGGGCGGGUUGGUGCCGUCCUAUAUACAUUAGCAACGGCCCGAUGCAUCUGCAAACUGUGAGGGAGGGAGUCAUGUCGCUUUUCGCUAUUGCGACUAAUCGAUAGCAGUGUUUGUGUUCGGU